UUCUUCUCCGCGUUGAGAUUCUCUCAAGUGGUGACGGAAGAAAGGCCUGUUUCACGCCACACCAGAGGAAGGAGCGCAGAAGAUGAACGGGGAGAGCAAAAGGGUUUGCUCCGAUUCUGGUUCCGGUGCCGACACUGGGAACGACGGUUGUGGAAGAUCGGGAUGGUGGGAAGGAUUGAGCCCUGAGAUAUUGGCUUUGAUUUUUGUUCGAAUUCCAGCAGAAGAGUUGGUUCAGGAGGUCCAACUCGUCUGCAAAUCAUGGCGAGAGACCAUCGCUGGUCCUUACUGUUGGACCGAAAUUGAUGUCGAGAAGUGGUGUCGCCGGUGCAGCAGUACCGAUGUCACCGAUUGUUUAGUUCGUCGCCUCGUCCGUCGUAGCAGAGGCUCUGUUCGACUUCUCUCAGCUUACAAGCUUGGUGACUCCGGUUUCUCUUACGUCGCUAACUAUGGGAGAUGCUUGAAGGUAUUGAAGAUUCCAAUGAGCGAGGUGACCGAUAGGAUAGUGGAGAAACACGCUGAAUCGCUCUCAAAAGUGGCGUUAUUGGAUAUCAGUUACUGUUUGAAGAUCACUUGCAAAGGUCUUGCUGCUUUGGGGUUGCACUGCAAGUCUUUGGUUCGUUUGAGGAGAAACAUGCCGCCACCACCACCACCAGAAUUGGAGUUUCCUGCAGCACCGGAACCUCAAGUUGACGAUGGGGAGGCCAUGGUUAUUGCCGAUUCAAUGCCAGGGCUCUGUGAACUUGAGCUUGGAUAUGGCCGCUUCAGCGACCGUGGUCUCGAUGCCAUCCUGACCAAAUGCCAGUCCCUCACUCACCUCGAUAUUCAAGGGUGUUGGAGUGUGAAGUUGGAAGGCAAUCUUGAGGAGAAGUGUGGUCGUCUCACCGUCUUCAAGAGCCCUUGGGAUGCCAAUUUUGAUGAUUUACCAUUGUCUGACGAUGGUAGUGAUGCUGAAGAGGAUGAAGCCUCAGAAUUCUCACCUUCGGACUCAGAACAGAGUGAUGGAUAGCUUACAAGUUCUUCGUCUCCUUUUUGUUUUUUUGACUUUUGGUAAAUUGGACUAGAUACUUAUCCCUGCUCUGCUGAGGUCUUAGUUCUUGGAUUACAUACUUGCAGUUCUUUGUUUGAUUUUGCUUUUCUUUUUGGUGGGAGGGUAUAUGAUCAAUACUAUAGGGAUACCAAAAGUGGAUGGUACAUGCUUGUAGAACAUAUUUUGUUUAAUCUUUUGAAAGAUGUCAAGAACCAAGUUCCCAUACAAG